AUGGUCAGCAAGGAUCGCAUCUCCGGGACACUCAUCGAAUUUGAGACGCUGGUACACAUCUACAUCACCAAGAAGCAUCAACGGACUGCUGAAAUUCCAAUGGAUUACCUCAAGCGUCUUCCUCGCCUUCCGCCGCGAGAACGCGCCGUCCAGGUCGCGGUCGUGACUGGAGCAUCGACCGCAGCAUUGGGCGCCCUUGUCUGGUGCAUUCGAGACUACCAUGCUUUCCUGGCUCUUGGUCCUGGCGGAGCUCCAUACAAUGUCAUGGGCUGGGCUGUCGUGAGCAUGCUACGACUUUUUGCUCUUUCCAAGCGCGGCGCAACCCAGGUCUCAGACUACCCAACCGAAGGUGCACACGAAGACAUCAAGAAUUUGCCCAACAGGAAGGGUGCGCGCGCAGACGUCGGUGGAGUCGUCCCUCAUCGCCAGCUCUCACAGCAUCCACCUGACGAAAUGAAGCCGUACAUCACGAACUUGUUUCGGAAUGCCGUCAUCCAGAACAGCCGUCUGAUCGAAGAACGCCGGUCUCUGUACGAGAAGCACAACUCGGCGCUUUUCGUUCGCCCCGACGUUCUCGCCAACGAGGACCCAGCGGCUCCUAAACCGUCCCAAACGGCUUACACUGCCCGUGGAGAAUGUGGACAUGUCCACCCUGAUUACUCAAUCCAUCUCUAUCUUUCUCCGGCUGAUGCUCGACACGUGAUCGAGAAAGGCUGGGGCGAGCGUCAUCGAUUGUCAAAACCAAGGACGGCCGUGGUGAAUUUCGAGAAAGCCCACAUCGCCAGCACGUACAUUCUGAUAUACGGGCCACGGGACACAGACGAAGUCGAGGUUGUGCGGACAAUCUUACUAAACAGCCUUCGUUUCAUGACGGGAAGAGAGGAUGUCGAAGCACCGGAAUGGAAGGUGGCUCUGGCUUCCUAA